AUGUAUGUGGUGGGGGAAAAACCUUCGAUUGGUGCUGUUUUGAGAUUCAUUGAAAAAGAAUGGCAGCAAGUUAGCAAACCUCAGAUUUUCCUCCAUGAUGAGGGCUAUUUUGUGAUUAGAUUUCAGUCAAAGAAGGACAAGGAAUCAGUACUAGUGGCUGGUCCUCAUAUGUUCUUUGGCAAACCUAUGAUUGUGAAACCUUGGACAACAAGUUUUAAUUUCCAGGAGGAAAUAUUGAGGGUAGUACCAGUGUGGGUUAGAUUGCCUAAUUUACCAUUAAGCUGUUGGGGGGCUGAUUCAUUGAGCAGAAUAGGAAGCUUGCUUGGAGAUCCGCUAUUUGCUGAUGAUUGUACUUCUAAGCAGCAAAGAAUAUCCUUUGCUCGAAUACUCAUUGAGGUGGAUGUUACUGGUGACUUGCCUAAAUAUGUGCAGAUUCAGGAUCCUUUGGGUAACAUUGUUAAACAGGUGGUGGAGUAUGAGUGGCUACCACCAUACUGCCAGGACUGUAAGAUUGUGGGACAUGAUUGUGCUCAUACAAAGGUGAACACUACAAGGUUUAGACCAGCUGCUGUUCAGAAAAAAAAGGUUGUGAGGGUGUGGAAACCUAAAGUUGUGCAACCAGCUCCUGAAGCAAAAGAAACUGCUAAUUUGAAUAGUAAACCUGAUGCACAAGAGAAUGAUGGAGAGAAUGGAGAGUUGUCUGUUACUGAUAGACCUUUUACCCCACUUGCUCCAAUCCAUGAUGAAGGGUGGAGGGUUGUUUCAAGGAGAAGGAGAGAUAUAAGGACUCCAGUACAGACUGUGGGGCUUGCUGAGAAUGUUAGGGGAUUGAAUGAUCCCAUUAAAGUAGUUGAAAUAAAGAAGUUUUUGGCUAAUAAUAACAUUAGUGUUGUAGCUUUGUUAGAAACUAAAGUUCAGGAGAAGAAUAGUAGUAAAAUUCAGAAGAAAAUAGGGAAUGGGUAG